AUGUCCGAGUCUAUCGUCGCAGUGACAACGAGCCAGUUCACUGAGAAUCCGGCCAGUUGCAAUUGCCCGAGCCCCGUUCCCGUCGGGAAAACCGUUUAUUACACACUCGUAUUCGGUGGAAUCUUUUCGAUCCCACUCUGCUUCAACUACGCUUUUGCGUGGACUAUGUAUCAUUGGCAACACCUGAGAGUUCAUGAAAGGCAAAUUCCUCCAGUAUAUCCUUCAUUCCUUCCCUAUCUAGGGAGCGUCAUAGAACUCGCCAUUAACGGUCAGACGUAUCUUAAACGUGCGACCUCGUACGCAGGAGAGAUGGCCGCCGCUCGAAUGACCAUUCUGGGAAAAGAGAUUUACUUUUUUCAAGACCGCGAGAGUGUUGCCGCAAUGUGGAAGCAGCAGCUGCUGUCAAGCCCAGUGGAGGCCUAUAUCUAUUCCUUGAGCUACAUUUUCGGCAUGAAGGAAACGGCACUAGCAACAUACAGGGCUGACGACUCAGGGCCGUUCAGAAAGCCUUACCCGGGAAGCAAUGUCCGGUCCCAGGACCGGGUCGACCAUAUCACCCACUCAGGACUUCUCAAAGCACUGACGGGGUCAGGACUGGCACCCACGGCACAGCAAUUCAUGGAAAGCUUCUUGGAACGGCUAGACAACUUGCCAGCCGACGAGAACUGGACGGAUAUGCCCGAUUUACUCAAAUUCUUCCAGGAUGUCGUGGGGACUGCGAGCAUGCAAGCGGUGGCAGGUCCGACUUUAUUGAAACUGAAUCCAACCUUUGUCGACGAUUUCUGGAGCUAUGACAAGUACGUGCCGUGGUUUGCUCGUGGGGUGCCCUCGUUUAUCAUGCUCGGAGCGGUCAAAAAUCGAGGAAAUUUGAUUAACCAGAUUAAGAGCUGGUAUGCGUAUGCCAGACAGCAUUUCGACGAGUCAAGCAUCAGCAAGGACGGUGAUGGUGAUCCAUUCUGGGGCUCGGAAUUAAUGCGGGGAAGACAGAAGACGUUGCUUCUGGCCAGGAACCAAGACGAUGAUUCGCUCGCUUCGGCAGACCUGGGGUUGAUCUGGGCCUCUGUUUCGAACAGCACGCCGACGGCAAUGUUUGCAACAAUGCAUAUGUUCAAAGAGCCUGGCCUAGUCGCGCGCGUGCGCAAAAGCGUCGACUCACAGCGAGAUUCGAAUAAUCCGUCGGCCUUGGACGUUGAGCGGCUCUUGCAGAACCCACUACUAUCAUCCAUUUACGCGGAGACGCUGCGAAUGUACGUCAAGUCGUACUUCGUGGCAAGCUCGCCACACGCCGAUGUGGCGCUUGGCAGAGGGUGGCUGCCGAAAGGCGAGAUUGCUCUGGUUAACUCCGGAAUCGCCCACAUGGAUGCGAGGGUUUGGAAUACAAAGAGCGGUGUUUAUCCAGUGGACUCUUUCUGGGCCGACAGGUUCAUAACGGACCCGCGAGAUCCGUCCAGCGGGCCGGUGAAGCCUGGGGUAGAGCGACAGGCCAGAGGCGAGCCAACGGCAGAGAAGACUGAGCCAUAUUUCUCCUUGGACGGGCUAGAAGGGUCAUGGAUCCCAUAUGGAGGGGGGCAUGCCAUAUGCCCAGGCCGUUUCCUCACGAAGAACUUGAUCUUACUCUCAAGUGCAGUUAUUGCCGACCGCUUUGAUAUCCAGAUCCUGGGCGGGCACUUGAAGUUGAGCUCAGCCAAGUUUGGUCUGGGAAGCCUGCGCCCAAAAGAGGCAAUCCCGUUCAGGAUCAAGAGGAGAGUAACGGAUUAGAACACUCGCAUGUCGAGCCGGCGCAACACGCUUGCAAGAGGGUGCCGAUAGGAAGAAUGGAUGUUUUCAAUAGAUA